AUGUCGCGAUCGACGUUCUCGGCGUCGCCGGGCGCGCGCGCGGGCGACGCGUCGCGAUCGUCUCGCUCGCUCAACGGUCCUGACGACGACGACGACGAAACGCGCGCGCGCGCGGCGUCGCCCGCGAUCGCCGACGCGCGAUCGAGAUCGAGCGCGAGCGCGUCGACGAGCGAUGGUGACGGACACCGCGUCGCGACGGUGAAGGCGCUGAGCGAGAGCGAGAGCGAGAGUGAUUUGGACAUGGCGGUGGACGACGACGCGCCGAGACGCCUCGGCGCGGCGUGGAGCGCGUACGACGCGAACGCGGUGCUAGCGAUGGACGGUGAGAUGGCUUUGAAAGCCGCGGAGGAACGGGAAAAGGCGGACGCGCGGGUGGUUCGACCGAAGCGACGCGCGGCUGCGAAGGGGGUGGUGGCGAGACGCGCGACGGAAAAACCGACAGAGCGCGCGCGGAAGACGGUCGUCAAGGAGGAGGCGGACGCGAACGAGGACGAUGCGAACGAGGACGAGAGUGAGGAUGAAGGCGUUGAGCCAUUGCGGCAGAGUUUUCGAAUCAGCGCCCCGACCCAGUGCCGUUCGCCGUUCGCGUGCGACUCGCAGAGACCGACGACGAGGCCCGCGGAGACAAAGCUGGAGAAGGAGGAGAAGAAGAAGAAGAAAGUGAAUAAUACGUCGGCUGGGUUUUCGUCGUGCGAUGAUGGCGUACCGGACGCGCAGGUGCGUGUCAAACUCAGCACCGGGUACAGUGAAAGAGAAAUGAAACACAUGAGUCGCAAAAUUUCCAAGCUCGGCGGCAUCGUCGUGGACUCCGUGCGCGAUUGCAACGUCUUCGUCACCGAAGCGCCGCUGAAACGCACGAGAAACGUCAUGAUAGCAUCAUUGAAUCACUGUCCCAUUGUGAAAUCGUCGUGGAUCGACGCGUCGGCCAAGGAGGGAAAAGGAACGUUUCUCACGACGCGCCCGUGGCUCGUCCGCGACAAAAAGUUCGAGCGAGAGCACGGGUACAAGACCAUGUGCAAACUCAAGGAGACCAAGGUGUCUCCGUUCAGGGGCAAAAAGGUUUUCAUCGACAACACCGAGUACGGUUUCGUCUCCAGCCCCCAGAGUGUUUGUGAAGUCAUGGAGGAACUCCUUGAAGUCGGCGGCGCCGAGCGCGUGGACGAGAGCGAUCGCGCCGACUUCACCGUUCGCCUCAGCGCAUCCGCGCCGGGAGCGUACGAGAAAAAUGAUUCGGAGAACCCCAUCUUCACCCCCUUCGACGUCUUAGCCGCCUCGCUGAGCGGCGAAUUGCGUCGGUGUUAA